AUGGAAAAUAAAUUCUUAAAAUCAAAUCAAGUAUCAGUGAUUGGUGUCCCUUUUAAUGGCGGACAACCUCGUGAAGGAGUAGAAGAAGCACCUAUUCGACUUGUAGAAUUUGGUUUAUUAAAUCAAAUAGAAGAAUUAGGAUAUUCAGUUGAAUAUGAAGGAAAUGAAGAUAUUCAAAAGUUGAAGCCAGCAGAAGAUCCUAUUAUAUUCAAUUUAAAACAACCUAAAUAUGUAUCUAAUGUCACCCAAGUUGUUAGUAAGCAAAUUGAAAAUCAAGCUAAACAAGGCAAAUUCGUUUUAACUUUGGGAGGUGAUCAUUCAGUUGCUCUUGCUACUGUAUCUGGUGUAUUUAGUGCUUAUCCUAAUGCAUGUCUUAUUUGGGUGGAUGCACAUGCUGAUAUCAAUACACCUUCUACUACGGAUUCGGGUAAUAUUCAUGGUUGUCCUCUUAGUUUCUUAACUGGUAUUGCAGAUGAUCAUCCUGACUUUAGAUGGGUUAAACCUCUUCUUAAAACAAAUCGUUUAACUUAUAUUGGUUUACGUGAUGUUGAUCCAGAAGAAAAGAAGAUUCUUCGUAAAUAUAAUAUUAAAGCCUUUUCAAUGACACAUGUGGAUAAAUAUGGCAUUGGCAAAGUCGUUGAGAUGGCUCUUGAUCAUGUUAACCCUAAUAGAGAUUUACCUAUUCAUCUUUCAUUCGAUGUGGAUGCCUUGGAUCCUACAGUCGCUCCUAGCACAGGCACACCUGUACGUGGUGGCCUCACAUUCCGUGAAGGUCAUUAUAUUUGUGAAGCAAUUGCAGAGACUGGCUUAUUAGUGGCAACUGAUAUUAUGGAAGUAAAUCCUACUUUAGAAGAUACUUCAUCUGUAUUCCAAACAAUUCAAAUUGGUUGUUCACUUGCUCGUUGUUGUUUAGGUGAAACUUUAUUAUAA